AUGAAUAUUAGAAACUUUUUGGUACCAGCUGGCAAGCCUUUUUCUGGGUUAGCGUCGGGAUUAAGCAUCUUUUUAACGUUUCUCUACUUGAUCAACGUAUUUGUUUACCCAAUCAACGACCAUAUCAUUCUAAAACCGGAUUCUUUAUACACAUUUGAUUUGAACAGGAUCUCGUUGUAUCCUUUGGCGCACCUUUCAAUAUUCCAUUUGUUUUUCAAUGUUAUUUCAAUUUAUCCCAUGAUCUCUAUGUUUGAGGAGUCUCAUGGGACGCUAUACACCGGGGUGAUACUCAACCUUUUGGCUGUGUUUUCAGCAAUUCCAUACUGUAUCAUUGGGUCUGUGUUCUUCCCCAAUGUGGAAGUUGGCGGUGCAAGUGGAUGGUUCUUUUCGUUCUUGGGAUACUUUGGGGUGAAAGAGUCCCGCAUUCGUCCAUCUGCAAUGGUGACUACCAACCGUUCAUUCCCAACGAUCUACUUCCCAUUGGCUCUACUUGCUAUAACAGCGUUCUUGGUACCUGGGUCCAGUCUCCCAGGCCAUUCAAUUGGGCUUGCCAUUGGGUACUUCAUGGGGUUCAAGGAGAAUGUGGUCGCAAAAUUGGUCCCAUCGAGCAACAUAUUGAAAAAGAUCGAGACGUUUGCUGACCCAUUGAUCAACAAGAUUCCAUUCGGCAUUAAGUACUACAGGGAAGUGGAGGUGAACAGAAGCUCGGAGUACAACUCGAUCUACAUCGGCUCUGAAUCCACCCUACCGCUACACAGCACCACACAACCUGCACAACCUUCCCAGGCAACUCCAUUCCAAGGCAACGGCAGAGUUCUUGGGGCUUGA